CCGAUUCCCCCCUCGCCGCUCGCGCUGUUCCCCACCACCACCACCCAAUCAAUCGCACACGCCUCUCCCUCCCCCCACACCCCCUUCCCCGCGCCGCGAGAUCUCCGAUCCCGACGACCCUCCCUCCCCGGCGGCGCGAUGGGCGGCAAGGACCUCACCGAGGACCAGAUCGCCUCGAUGCGGGAGGCCUUCUCGCUCUUCGACACGGACGGCGACGGCCGCAUCGCGCCCUCGGAGCUCGGCGUCCUCAUGCGCUCCCUCGGCGGGAACCCGACGCAGGCGCAGCUCCGGGACAUCGCGGCGCAGGAGAAGCUCACGGCCCCCUUCGACUUCCCGCGCUUCCUCGACCUCAUGCGCGCCCACCUCAGGCCCGAGCCCUUCGACCGCCCGCUCCGCGACGCCUUCCGCGUCCUCGACAAGGACGCCUCGGGCACCGUCUCCGUCGCCGACCUCCGCCACGUCCUCACAUCCAUCGGCGAGAAGCUCGAGCCCCACGAGUUCGACGAGUGGAUCCGCGAGGUCGACGUCGCGCCCGACGGCACCAUCCGCUACGACGACUUCAUCCGCCGCAUCGUCGCCAAAUGAUUCCCCGGUCCCACUGCCCCCGCGCGCGCUUCGUGUGUAAUGACCUCGUCUCCCGUGUCCCGUGAUUUGAUUCGGUUUGGUUUCGUUUCGUGUGAUCUGAUCCUUGUCUCAUUUGAGUUGAAUUUGGCCAUCACUUCUCUUCUCCUCUGCUUUUCGUUUCGGAACUGCUGCCUAGGGUUUGGAAUUUGGAUAAUGGAUAAUGGUGUGUGUGAUUAUGGACCGAUCAAUUAAUUAAUGGAUCUGGCUGAUGAUGAUUUCCUUAGCUACCUGUAAUGUAAUACUGCAAUGUGUAAAGUGUGGAUCUAUUUUCCCUCAUCACUGUUUGGGUAUGUUUGCUUAUUUGAUGGUACCAUUAUUGGAA